AUGGACGUUGAAGAUAGGCAUAGGCCACUCAAAAUUUACUUCAUUCCAUACCUAGCAGCUGGACAUAUUAUCCCACUCUCCGACAUAGCCCGAUUAUUUGCCUUACGCGGCCACCACGUCACCAUAAUCACCACUCCAUCGAAUGCCCAAUCCCUUGAGAAUCACAAAUCCAGCCACUUCCACGUUCACACCUUCCAAUUCCCUUCCCAAGAAGUAGGCCUCCCUGAUGGCAUCGAAAGCUUAUCCGCAGUCACUGACCUCGAUAACUCUAUUAGGGUCUACCAUGCCGUCAUUAAGCUACAAGGACUCAUCGCGGAUUUCGUGGAGCAGGACCCACCCGAUUGUAUCGUGGCGGACUUUUUAUACCCAUGGGUGCAUGAUUUGGCAAACAAGCUUCGCAUCCCUAGACUGUCCUUCAACGGUUUCUCUCUCUUUACCAUCUGUGCCAUGGAGUCCCUCAAGGCACACCCCAUCGAUGAUGAUUCCGCCAGUUCUUUUGUCAUUCCGAAUUUUCCUCACCACAUCACCAUCAACGCAACGCCGCAUAAGGACUCCAAGGGAUACAUGGAUCCGCUGCUCACUGUAGCGCUCAAAAGCAAUGGGUUUCUCAUCAACAACUUCGUCGAGCUUGAUGGAGAAGAGUAUGUCCGUCACUACGAGAAAACCACCGGUCACAAGGCAUGGCAUCUUGGCCCAGCCUCUCUUAUUUAUAAAACAGCUCAAGAACAAGCAGAGAGGGGCCAAAAGAGCUUGCUGAGCGUGCACGAGUGCCUGAGUUGGCUUAACUCGAAGAGAGACAACUCGGUGCUCUACAUAUGCUUUGGAACCAUUUGCUAUUUCCCUGAUAAGCAGCUGUACGAGAUGGCAAGCGCGAUCGAAGCAACAGGUCACGGAUUCAUAUGGGUGGUUCCUGAGAAGAAAGGGAAGGACGAUGAAAGCGAAGAGGAGAAGGAAAAGUGGCUGCCAAAGGGUUUCGAUGAGAGGAAUAGGGAGAAAGGUAUGAUCAUAAGAGGGUGGGCCCCGCAGGUGUUGAUCCUGGGCCACCCCGCCGUCGGUGCAUUCCUGACUCAUUGUGGGUGGAACUCCACCGUCGAGGCCGUCAGCGCUGGGGUUCCGAUGAUCACGUGGCCGGUGCACAGCGAUCAGUUUUACAACGAGAAGCUGAUAACGCAGGUGCGGGGGAUUGGGGUGGAGGUGGGUGCAGAGGAGUGGCAAUUUUGUGGUUUUUGGGAGAGUAAAAAGCUGGUUGGUAGGGAUCGCAUAGAGAAAGCUGUGCGGAGGUUGAUGGACGGUGGUCAUGAAGCUGACAUUAUCAGACGACGCGCUCAAGAGUUUGGGAAAAAGGCUCAAAAAGCUAUUCAAGAAGGCGGAUCGUCCCACGAGAAUUUGACGGCCUUGAUUGAUGAUCUUAAGCGAUUGAGAGACUGUAAGCCAUUGGAUUAA